AUGGCUAGUCAGUAUACUUGUAAAAGGAACCAAGAGUUUAAUCAAAAAUUUAAUUGGAAUGGAAAAGAAGAAUAUUUAGAUGCCAUGAAAGGAUAUUAUGCUGAUAGUAAUGGAAAAAGAAAUGAAUUAAAUUUUGAAGAAUUAGUUAAGUCAAGAAAGAGUAUUGAACAAAUUAACCAAGAAUGCCCCUCAACAUCAAAUCCAUCAUAUUGGAAAAAUUCUUGUAUUGAUAGUCUUGAAGGUGUUUUUGAGAUUAUUCCAAAGAAAGUUUAUCAAGUGAGAGGUAAAUCUAUUGAUAUGGCUAAUUUUACUGUUAUUAGAGGACAAACUGGUUGGAUUGUUAUUGAUUGUAUGUCAUCUAUUCCAUCUUGUAAAAGAGCAUUUGAGUUAAUUAAAACUACUGUAGAAGAUAUGCCUGUGUCAUCUAUUAUUAUUACUCAUUCUCAUUUUGACCAUUUUGGUGGUUAUGCAGCAGUUGGAAAUGAAGAAACACCACUAUAUCUUCCAAGUAAUUUCAUGGAUUCGUUUAUUGAUGAAAACGUUCUUGCUGCACCAAUUAUGGGAAGAAGAGCAGAUUAUAUGUGGGGUUUAGGUUAUAGGAAGGCUUUAAUGAUAGAAAAGUUAAAAAUGGAAGGUAAACUUCCACCACAAACAAAUUCUACUACUCCACAACAACCAACAACAUCAUUCCCAAAAUCAAAAAAUACAUGCGUUGUUAAAGAAGAUUGUACUUUUGCUGUUGAUGGAAUUAUUAUGGACUUUAUUUUAACUCCGAACACAGAAGCACCAUCAAAUAUGAUGAUAUAUAUUCCUCAAUAUCAUAUUUUAGAAGCCGCAGAUAAUAUGAUGCAUGCACAACAUAAUUUAGGAACAUUAAGAGGUGCUAAAGUAAGAAGUGGAAAGAUUUGGAGUGAAUAUAUUGAUAAAGUAAUAACAAAAUAUGGUAAAGAUGUCCAAUAUCAUUUAGGAGGCCAUGGAUGGCACAUAGAAGGGAAUGAAAAAAUUAACCAUUUCUGGAAAGUAAAAAGAGAUGUUUACAAAUUUAUUCAUGACCAAACAUUACGUUAUGCAAACCUUGGAUAUACACCAAAUGAAAUGGCUGAACUUAUUCAAUUACCUAAAAACCUUGCUAAUGAACAGUGUUGUAGAGAUUUAUAUGGAGCAUUAAAUCAUAAUAUUAAAUCUCAGUAUCAACUAUAUAUUGGAUGGUACGAUGGUAAUCCUGCUCAUUUAAAUGAAUUACCACCAAAAGAACAAGCCAUCAAAUAUAUUAACGCAUUUGGUGGAGAAGAAAAUACUUUAAAAAUUGGGAAAGAAGCAUUUGAUAAUGGAGAAUAUCGUUGGGCGGCUACUAUAUUAAAUCAUUUAGUAUUUGCUAAUCCGUCAAAUGAAGAAGGAAGAGAAUUACUUGCUAAAACAUAUGACCAAUUAAGUUACACACAAGAAUGUCUUGCUUGGAAAUACAUUUACGCUACUGGUGCAUUUGAAUUGAGAAGAAAACAAAAUAAACAACCAUCACCUUCUGCUAUUCCUCCAGCAACACUUCCAUUAACUGCUAUUAGUGAUUUACUUUGUGUUUCUGUUAAUCCUCAGCUGAUUGAAGGUGUUGAUGAUUCUAUUCAACUUAGAGCUGUUGAUACUAAUGAAUGUGUUACAUUAAUUAUUAGCAAUGGUGUCUUACAUACUCGAACAUUACCUUCUGAUUAUACUGCUUCAGUUACUGGUCCUAAAGCAUUAAUUUUAGCUUCUUUUGCUAAGGCUAUGCCAUUAAAUACUUUAAUUUCAUCAGGCAAAUUAAAAAUAGAAAAUAUUAAAGUUCUUGAAAAAGUUAUUAGUGCAGUAGACUUAUCAAAGAAAUACUACACCCUCAUAGAACCAAAUAACUGA